AUGGACAGAGAUAACCAGACUACAGUCACAGAAUUCCUUCUUCUGGGACUCUCUGGGCAGUCAGAGCAAGAAGACAUUCUCUUUGGGCUAUUCUUGGGGAUGUACCUGGUCACCAUCAUCGGGAACUUUCUCAUUGUCUUGGCCAUCAGCAGUGACAGUCAUCUCCACACCCCCAUGUACUUCUUCUUGGCUAACCUCUCCUGUGUCGACAUCUGCUUUUCAUCGGUCACAACCCCCAAGAUGCUGGUGAAUCACAUCCUGGGAAGCAAGUCUAUCUCGUACAUGGAAUGCAUAAUCCAGAUCUACUUCUUCAUCACUUUCACCAACAUGGAUGGGUUCUUCUUGAGUGUGAUGGCCUAUGAUCGUUAUGUAGCCGUCUGUUGCCCGCUCCACUACACCAUGAUCAUGAAGCCCAAACUCUGUAUGCUUCUGGUGGUGGCAUCUUGGGUCAUUACAAACCUGCAUGCUCUCCUCCACACCCUUCUUAUGGCCCAACUCGCAUAUUGUUUCAACAAUACUGUGCAUCACUUUUUCUGUGACCCCUAUGCAAUUCUAAAGCUGUCCUGUUCUAGUACCUUUAUCAAUGAGCUGAUGGUAUUCACUGUGGGUGGACUGGUAUUUCUGACACCAUUUACAUGUAUCAUCAUUUCAUAUGCUUAUAUCCUCUCCAAUGUACUGAAGUUGCCAUCUGCCCAUGGAAUAAGGAAAGCAUUCUCCACAUGUGGGUCUCACCUCACUGUGGUAUCCCUAUUCUAUGGGGCAAUUUUGGGGGUGUAUAUGCGCCCUUCAUCCUCCUACUCAGUCCAAGACACAGUGGCCACUGUCAUCUUCACAGUGGUGACUCCCUUGGUCAAUCCCUUCAUCUACAGCUUGAGAAAUCAUGACAUGCAGAGAGCUUUGAGGAAACUAAUCUCAGUUUUUAGAAUUAGAAAAUUUUAG